AUUUACACAAAACGGAAAGAAAAUGCUAUUUAUGAAUUACGUUAUACGGCAAAGUGUUGGCUUCAGGCCUAAGUUAAGAUGGAAACCAAAUAUUGACAGUAAUUCCUAAACCUACACGUCUAGUUUUGAAUAUUUUCUUGUAGUACGCGCAUGAGUUCAAUAAAAUAAAAUUACGAAAAAUGAAAGUAUUUUUUGUUGUUGCAGUAAUGCUUGGAGCAUGUUUUCACCAAACUGACAGUGAUGAACACAAUCAUCAAUAUGAUGACAAUGAGGAAGUAGUACUGUGGAUGAAUACAGUGGGCCCUUAUCACAAUAGACAAGAAACGUAUGUUUACUUUUCUCUGCCUUUCUGUGCUGGGCCAAAGAAAAGCAUUAGCCAUUAUCACGAAACUCUUGGAGAAGCACUCCUUGGUGUGGAGUUAGAAUUUAGUGGGCUUGAAAUUAACUUUAAAGCUAAUGUGGCUAAAACACAGUACUGUGAAGUAGAGCUUACAGAUGAAGUACUCCAGGCUUUUACUUAUGCCGUCAAGAACCACUAUUGGUACCAAAUGUACAUAGAUGACUUACCAAUCUGGGGUAUUGUUGGGGAGGUGGAUGAUUCAGACAAUUCUUUUUAUAUGUGGACUCACAAAAAAUUUGAAAUUGGUUACAAUGGAAACACCAUAGUUGAUGUCAAUUUAACAAGUGAAGCCAAAGUUAAACUGGAAAAAGGAAGAAAACUAACUUUUACAUAUGAAGUUAGCUGGAAACCUUCCCACAUCAAGUAUGAGAGCAGAUUUGAUAAAUACUUGGAUCCUAACUUCUUUCAACAUAGAGAACGAGAUCUAGGAGACGAGUAUGGCUGGAAACAAGUGCAUGGUGAUGUCUUUCGACCUCCAUCCCAUUUUAUGCUGUUCUCUUCCUUGAUAGGAUGUGGUUACCAAAUUUUCAUUGUUGCUUUUUCUGUAAUCAUAUUUGCCAUACUUGGAGAACUGUACACAGAGAGAGGAUCCCUGCUAAGCACAUCAAUAUUUGUGUAUGCUGCUACAUCUCCUGUGAAUGGGUACUUUGGUGGCAGCUUGUAUUCUCGCAUGCAAGGAAAGCGUUGGAUUAAACAAAUGGUGUUCAGUGCAUUCAUGCUUCCAGCCUUAAUCUGUGGAACAGCCUUCCUUAUCAAUUUCAUAGCUAUAUACUAUCACGCAUCUCGAGCUAUACCGUUUGGAACAAUGGUUGCUGUAACAUGUAUCUGCCUAUUUGUGAUCUUGCCCCUGACACUAGUGGGCACAGUGCUUGGACGAAAUUUGGCUGGUCAACCCAAUUACCCUUGUCGUAUAAAUGCUGUGCCAAGGCCUAUCCCAGAGAAGAAAUGGUUUAUGGAACCAUUGGUUAUUAUCCUUCUUGGAGGUGUCCUGCCAUUUGGUUCAAUUUUUAUUGAAAUGUACUUUAUAUUCACUUCAUUCUGGGCCUACAAGAUUUAUUAUGUGUAUGGGUUCAUGCUGCUUGUGUUUUUGAUCCUGGCAGUUGUCACUGUAUGUGUCACCAUAGUCUGUAUUUAUUUCCUUCUCAAUGCUGAAGAUUACAGAUGGCAAUGGACUAGCUUCUUGGCUGGUGCUUCCACAGCUGGCUAUGUGUACUUGUAUUCCUUAUAUUACUUCUUUUUUAAAACUAAAAUGUAUGGCCUUUUUCAGUCCGUUUUCUAUUUUGGCUAUAUGGCUUUGUUUAGCAUAGCUCUUGGAAUUCUUUGUGGCACCUUUGGUUACAUUGGGACCAGCACAUUUGUCCAUAAGAUCUAUUCUACUGUAAAAAUUGACUGAAUUUUCUGUACAAAAGCUGGUGUUGGGAAAACUUUGUACUAUUCUGUGAGAGUGCAAGUUUAGAAGAGCUUAGCAUUAUUCACAGCAUGAGGUCAGCGGGAUUGCAUCACAGUUCUGUAAGAAAAGACACUGUUGGCACAUUCCAAAUUUAGCCAGAAAAUGAGUUGUGAAACAUAUACAAGCUUCCCAAAACUAUGAUAGUCAACGUGGUUACACAAAGUCUCAUUUCAAUGAAAAUUAUCCCUUUAUAUUAUGAACACACAUUUCUCUUGCUUAUUAUUAGAAGAAAAAAUAUCAUCUUAAAUGGUUAAACUUAAAAGAUUCAUAUUAAGUUACUUAAAGGUAAUUCACAUAGAUUAUUUGUUUAGGAUAGUAUAAAAAUGCAUUAAUAGCAUGAAAGAUAAUAGCAUAUAGAAUUGUAUUGAAAGGAAAUAAUUCACGUUUCAAAUUAACGUCAAAAUUGUUCUUCUAAAGUUUGUGUGAAGCUCUGCUUCUAUUAACAUUAUUAUACUUUUAUUGAAAUUAAGAUGUAUCUGUAAUGGUGUACAUAAAAACAUUACAUUAUUGAAUUAAUAUUUUUUUCUUGCUGCAUAACACUUACUAUCUUAAUAGAAAAAAAAAAGUUUCAUUUUAUGUCAAAAUAGGUUUUGCUUUCUUUGUAUGAGGAAAUGUAAAAUCAGAAUAUAUAAAACUAAGGAAUUCAAAAAAUACAAAUUUACUUCUGUUUCAUACACACUUAUUCAUAUAUAUAUAUUUAGUAAAUAUAUAUAAGGAAUUUCAUUGUUGUUUAAAUAAAGUGCUGAAAGUUAUGUUGUAGAAACAUUUCUCACUAGAGUAUGUGUAUCCCUUUGGAGGGAUGUAUUACCAUAGACACACAAAGUUAUUUUAGUGUGGUUGAUUCUGUUUUGUUGUAAAUUACAAAUAUUAAGAAUAGUCUCAUCAUUUUCAUUUCUUAGAAUUUUAAAUCUAAUGUAACCAGAAAAGCUUUUUCAGCAAAAUUGAGGUACAUUUAUACAGAAAAAUUUCCUCUUAUUUUCAAAGUUUCAUGUAGUGUAAUGUUUUUAUAAGUGAUCGGUUUAAGAUCAUUAAUGAAACCAUUUUAAAAACUGUAGUAUAUUAGUACUUCUCAUCUUAAUAUGUUAUGAUUUGAUUUUUUGCAGAAAGUAUGCGAGUUUGCAUUUAAAUUAAACAUUAAAUUUUUCUCCCUAGCCUUUUUUUAAUGAUUAUUUUAAAGAAAUAAAAAAUAAAAAACUUACAAGAUAUAAUGUGAAAGCGAUUUAUUCUCUUAUUGAAAUCUAUACCAUGAUUAACUAAGACCUGCAUUUUUUAUGUAUUACAACUCAUUUCAGCUGGCACAAAGAUCUGGUUUUGUGUGGGAAUUAGCUUAAAGUAUCUUUUUACUUAUAUACAUGCCUAUUUUAAGUUUUAAAAAAUUAAGACUAUGGAGGUAAAUUUAGCAUUCCAAUUCUAUCUAAUCCACUUGUUGCAUUAUAUAUGAUAAAAAAUCUGUAAAAUGAGAUCAAUAUUAGUAAUAAAACAUGUACCAUGAUAAACAUUA